CCAAUACUCCGUAAAUAGAAGAAAAAAAAACAGAUUAAACAAUACUCUGUAAAUAGAAAACACAGAUUUUAUGAAUUCCUGGGUUGAUUUUAUCGGCUACCUCAAUUUUACCCUAAUUUAUUCCGGAAAAUUCUUUUUUUCAUGAAUUCGUGGGUUGAUUGAUACCAAUCUGCUUCCUUCAAUUAAUUGAAAUAAUAAAAAUCAUGAUUCAUACCUAAUUUAUAUUCGAUUAAUAGCAAUAUUCUUUCUUCCUAUUGAAUGAAGGCGGAUGAACGGCAACAGCCAAGGUUGGACGGACGCUGCUCCAGGUUAUUGGCUAAAUGGACAAAGAUCUACAAAUUAGUGAUGUAGAAUUUUGAGAAGAGGAGACAUGGAGAUUAAACCGAGAAGACUAGCAAAUUUAAAGAGGAUAGAGACAUAACUAGGACAUAGUAGAAGUGAUCGAUGAGGAACGGAGGAUAACGACAAAGGAGCGAUCACUUGGAGCCAAACCAACGGUGAAACCAAGGGCCGUGAUGAAAGCCUAGCCGCUAAAUGUUUUCUCGCGGAACCUCUACAAGUACUGGUGCAACCCUUCUCCCUUGUUGGAUGCAUUACAGAUUCUGCCGCCAUCCAUGAAAUUCUGACCCCGCUGCAGCCAGCAAAUUUGUUUCCCACUUGCAUUGUAUUCAUAUUUGCAGAAUGUUGUAGAAUACCCUUCCUCAAAACAUGAAGUCAUUUGAGGGUGUUUGUUUUUGUAACAAAAAUGCCCAAAGAGCAUAAAUAAGAAUUAUGUUGAAACUAAGCUUGGGAGAAAAAUACGACAGAUGGGAGAACUUGCAGGAGUCCUAAAUAUAAUGUAGAAGAAGCCAUCAAUAAAAAACGAGGUGAAGUUAUGCUGAUAAAAAAGCCAUCAACAAUAAUCUCCGUCCAGGUAUCCUUUAAAGAAGGCUGAGGCAUAUGCUAAAUUGAUAAAGCCCUUUCUUGUGAAUGAGCUGUGGAACCACAACACCUUCUACAUGAUAGGAGGAAAGUCUAUGAGAUAUUCAAAGUCAAGGAAACGAGAAAUGGGAUAUGGCAAAAGAUGCAAGAACACGACGAAAGAUAUACUUUUACGAAAAAGGGUGCAGAAUGAUGUAAAGUGUUCAUCAUCAAUGUCACACGAAUUUCAAACGUCAAUUAGUACUUCAGGCAAGCUAAAGUACAAUGAUGCGAACACAUCGACACAACGACGAAUGCAUAAUUUACAAAGAAACAUUAAUCUAUCUUCUAUAUCACGUGCCAUUGAUUUCAUUGAAGGCAUACAGUGCAAACAAACAAGAAAUGGGAAUUGGCAAAAGAUGCAAGAGCACGAAGAAAAGAUAUAUGUGAACGAAGAAGAGAGAAUCACGUUAGAAAAUCCUCGCAGCUCUAGCUAUACUCAUAAUGACCAAGUCGAGGAUGAUAUUCACGACAUCCACAAUCUUGAGGUUGAAAUGGAAGAUGAGUUACGGGCCACUCAAGAUGUUACUCCUGAUCAAGUCGUCAUUGAUGAAGAGCGUAAUAUGUACGAGAGCUUAGUUGCUGCUUGUUACUUGAGGAUCUCUGAUCCAGCUGAUUAUAUAGUGGCACAUGGAUCGGUUUUCCCACGUGCACUAGGAGAUAUGGUGCACGGUGUUCCCCUCGUUCCUCACCAGGUUAAGGUCUCUGUGACCGUUGUGCUUCCUGGAAUGGGUGAGUAUACCAUUCCUUGUCCGACUGAGCAUAUAGAGAAUGUCGCCGAUUGCGAGGGGAGCUUCGUUGCAUGGCCAAAGUCGUUGGUGGGCUUUAGAGAUCGCUCGUUGCACACAGCUCGACAUGGUGACUUCUCAUCAAACAAAUCCCGUCCUAUUCUCGGCGUACGCCCCACUGCUCCUCCUAGCUCUCCCAUACAGGAUGUUGUUGACCGGAGCUCAUACGUCUCAUUCGGGCCGAGGUGCAGGGAGUUGUGUCAGUGGUUGACACGCACAUCAGAUUUGCCUACCAUCAGCGUCAUUCUCGAUCCCGAGUCUAUGCUCUAUCCGGAGGAGACGGAGCUGAGGAUGCGUCCGGAGAAUAUACGUCUUGGCGGUUACUUCGGGAACGACACAUGCCUUAGCUUAAGGCUCGACCGGAUUGGGUUGAUGUUCCCGGAGUACCCCAACAAGUAGGGAACGUUGAGUGUGGUUAUUAUACCAUGCGAUUUUGUUGGCUCAUCGUCAGUAUGUGUGCACAAUGUUCUUUACCGUUAUCCGAUGUAAGUUUAUUUUAGUGUGUUUUUGAAAGUAAUGAAGUGUUUAUCAUCAU